CCGAACGGCCAGAUACUGGACGCGGGGCGGGCCUGAGAUCCCGGGUCGGUUGGCUGGGGCGGGAGCCGGGAUGGCGACGUCGAGGCCCUGCGCGGACGCGCCGUGCUGCCCGCAUCCCAGCGCGGUGCUCGGUGUACAGCAGACGCUGGAGGAGAUGGACUUCGAGAGGGAUCCCAGCUCCAAUGUUACUUCUUCAGAGGCCCUCCCUAAACACCCUGGUUCUCAACUGUGGGCAGUUCUGCCUUUUAAGGGACUUUGGCAGUGUCUGGAAACAUUUUGGGUUGUCACAAUCUGGAGGCUGCUACAGGCACGUAGAAUCUGGUCAGCAGCCCUGAAUGGAGACUUGGGCCGAGUGAAACAUUUAAUCCAGAAGGCCGAGGACCCGAGUCAGCCUGACUCGGCUGGCUACACUGCGCUGCACUAUGCAAGCCGCAAUGGGCAUUACGCUGUGUGUCAGUUCCUGCUGGAAAGCGGAGCUAAUUGUGAUGCUCAGACCCAUGGGGGUGCCACUGCUCUGCACCGAGCCAGCUACUGCGGGCACACUGAAAUUGCACGGCUCCUGCUGUCACAUGGGUCCAACCCCAGGGUGGUGGAUGACGAUGGCAUGACAAGUCUGCAUAAGGCUGCUGAGAGGGGUCACGGGGACAUCUGCUCCCUCCUCCUGCAACACAGUCCAGCCCUGAAGGCCGUCCGGGACCGAAAGGCACGGCUAGCAUGUGACCUGCUGCCCUGCAACAGUGACCUGCAGGACCUGCUAUCCAGCUGAGCCGGCACCCUGUCUCCAGCUACCUUUCAAGGGUACACAGACCUGUUCUCCAAGCCCCUGCGUUGGUCAGCAUCCAUGCUACUGGGCGGGGAACUGAGGCCAGAUGACCCGGGAAGAGCCCCAGUCUGGUCACUGUGGAAGCGAGGGAGUAGAUUUGGUGUAACAAAGUAUUUAAGCCUGGACAGAUGAUCAUAUUCUAAAUUAGUUCAUAUGAGACAUCUAUUCAUUUGGAAAAAAAUAAAGUUAUAUCCUUACCUCAUCCCACACACCAAAAUAAAUUACAAGAUUAAAGAUUUAAAUAUAAAAACACAAAA